AAAAAUUUAAAGUCCGAAAACACAACAACAUAUGAGAGAAGAUUGCGAGUCAACUUUAAGUUCACUUAGCUCUUCUGUUCUUCUUCCAACAACCUGCGAUCCUUCUGAUCUGAGUCUGAGAAAAUGAGUUCAAAAAGAGGUGGGAGAUCUUCCACUGUGGCAACCAAUGGUGAUUCUUCUUCCAAAGGGAAAAAUGCAUCAGAGUCUCUUCCAAAAGUUGAGCAAUUGAGUCAUGAUGUUAACCUUCAGUCAGGAGAAGAUGAUGGUGAGUGGGUGGUGUAUUCAAGGAAAUCCAAGAAUAGAGCCAAAAGCAGUGCUGCAAAACCAUGGAGUCCUCCGGUUUCUGGGUAUGAUGGAGGAGUUGGAAGGGCUUCUGGUUCUGCAACUGGAACUGGAACUGGAAAUGGAAAUCCUUGGCAUUCCAAAAAUGCUAACUUUAGAAGAACUGCAGAAGGAAAUGCAAGGACCCAGUUAAAUGCAAGUAAAUCUGACAGCAGCAAUGUGAUUUCUAGCACAUUAAUUCGACCUCCCUUGGAGCAUGGGUGGAAUUGGCAAUCCAGAAGUGGUUCCAUGCAGCAACGGGGUGAUGAUAGCAUGGUAAAGGAUGAGAUUAGAGAAGAAUCCCCUGUGAAGAAUGAUGGUGUUGAUGAAGAGGGGGAGGAGGGAUUUGAUGCAAUGGAAGAUACUGAUGAGGAUCUAAUGAGUGAUGACUAUGAUUCUGAUGCUAGUCAAAAGAGCCAUGAGACUCGUAAGAAGAACAAAUGGUUUAAGGUUUUCUUCGAGAAUUUUGAUAGCCUAACAAUUGAUAAGAUUAACGAACCAGAAAGACAGUGGCACUGUCCGGCUUGUCGAGGUGGUCCUGGUGCCAUUGAUUGGUACAGAGGGCUUCAGCCUCUGAUUACUCAUGCCAAAACAAAAGGGUCAAAAAGGGUGAAGAUCCACAGGGAGUUUGCAGAGCUUUUGGAUGAGGAAUUGCUCAGAAGAGGCACUGCAGUAAUUCCACCAGGGGAAGUGUUUGGUAUGUGGAAAGGCUUGAAAGAUGAGGACAAAGAUCAUGAAAUCGUUUGGCCUCCAAUGGUUGUCGUUCAGAACACAAGACUAGAACAGGAUGAAAAUGACAAGUGGCUAGGUAUGGGAAACCAAGAGCUUCUUAAUUAUUUCAGCACUUACGAUGCUGUGAAAGCUCGACACUCUUAUGGCCCCCAUGGUCAUCGAGGGUUGAGUGUUUUGAUAUUUGAAGCCUCAGCUAUAGGUUAUCUCGAGGCUGAGCGUCUUCACAAACACUUUGCAGAACAAGGAACUGACAGAGAUGCCUGGUUUAGCCACCACCGGAGAUUAUUUCUCCCUGGUGGCCGGAGACAGCUCUAUGGCUACAUGGCAGUAAAAGAAGACCUGGACAUUUUCAACAGACACUGCCAAGGUAAAUCUAGACUGAAAUAUGACAUGAGAUCAUACCAGGAUAUGGUCGUAAACCAACUUCGGCAAAUGAGUGAGGACAACCAGCUACUUGUUUAUUUGAAGGACAGGGAUGUCAGAAAACAAAAACAAACAAAAGCUCUCGAAGAAUCCUUGGAUAUAGUGACCGAGAAGCUGCGAAGGACAAUGGAGGAAAAUCGCAUUGUGAGGUUGAGAACUAAAAUGCAACACGAAGAGAACAAGGAAGAGAUGUACAUGCAAGAACAAUUUUUCAAGGAGCAGAUCAGAAUCAUUCACGAUUCAAGGGCUGCAAAGGAAGAAGAGUUUGAGAGGAUGCAGCAGGAGAAACGUGAGAAGGUGAAGCCAUUAUGUUCCAGCCCCUUAAAUGAAGAGGAAGGGAGAGUCAAGGUUGAUGAAUAUCUAAAAUUUGUUGAGUUUCAAGAUAAAGAAAUGGAAAACUUUGUUGCUGAAGAGGAGAAACUUCGAGAAGCUCAUAAAGAGAAUGUUGCUGCAAUGAUGCGGAGGCACUGGGAGGAAAAGGUGGAGUUGGAGGAAAGUUUUAACAAGGGACUAUCUAAGCUCAUGGAAAAGUAUUCACUUUCUCACCCAGAAACCAAGUUCAAUGGUAUCUGAUGAUAGGGUGUGUUGCACAUAGCAGAAAAAGAGAGGAUAAAUACAGAAAAAUAAACAAAAGAUAAAUGAUUAGAGUGAUUGUUCUGAGUCGAAGAAGGAAGAGCCAUAAAUCAGAAAUUUAGUUCUUGAAGACAAGGACAUUGCAUA